AUGUCUUUUCGAAAAGGUGUGCUGAUCUCCGAAUUUGAGGACCGCUCAGUGCAAGACCACGGUUCUGGUUGGUCCAAUCUCUGGGACACCGGAAAGAGCGAUCUGUGGGACCGAGGAAAGCCUUCACCUGCACUGAUUGAUAUCAUCGAAAAUUAUAGUCGCUCUGAAGAUAUACUCCACCCAUUUACUCCUGAUGGUAGGCGCAAGAAGGCUCUUGUACCGGGCUGUGGCCGAGGCUACGAAGUUGUUAUGUUAAGUCUCCAUGGCUUUGAUGCAUACGGAUUAGAAGUUUCAGCCACAGCCGUGGCAGAAGCAAAAGCCUAUGCAACAAAGGAGCUUACCGCUCCGCAAGCCUACAAUUUCGGCCAUGGGCCGAAGAUAGGGGAUUGGCCACCGACCCACUCUGCUGAUCGCGGAGUGGUUGAAUUCUUACAAGGUGACUUCUUCGCCACCGAUUGGUCCCACAAUGAUAUGAAGUUCGACCUCGUAUACGACUACACAUUUUUGUGCGCCUUACACCCGACUCGGCGCGCUGCGUGGGCGGAGCGUAUGAUGUCGCUGCUUAAUCCUAGGGGUGUUCUUGUGUGCCUGGAGUUUCCCAUGUACAAAGACCCUUCGCUCCCCGGGCCGCCAUGGGGAGUAAAGGGGGUCUACUGGGACCUCCUUUCAUCUCGUGGGAUAACUGGUUCGGGAGAGUGUACCAGGCUAUUAUACAUACAACCGCAGCGGACACAUGAGAUAGGGAUGGGUACAGAUAUGAUCAGUGUCUACGCGAGAAACGAAUAG